AUGCUGGGUGCGGUGCUGGUGGACGGGGGCUUCUGCACUGCCCGGUGCUCCUUGGGCACCCCCACGGUGCCAGAGCUGAAGUGCGAGGCGGGGGUGCUGACGCCGAGCUUCGAGUGCGCGGCGCCGUGUGUGCCCUCCACAGUGCCCAAGGCCGCCUCCCCGCCCUGCGCGGAAGGCCUGGAAAUCCCGCACGGGCAGACCUGCACCUUCCGCUGCAUCUUUGGUUUUCGCGCUGAGCCAAGCUCUGCACAGUGCGACAGGGGCAGCCUUCCUUCCUUCCAGUGUCUCCAGGUGGCACAGGACUGCGUUGCACCGAGCAGCGCCUUCUUCCUGGGCCUGGGCCACGUGUCGGCCCCCGGGGCGCUCUGCGCCUCAGGCGCCUCUGUGGCGCAUGGCCAGGCCUGCCAGAGCUUGUGCCCGCGCGGGGGGUACAGCCCAACGCCCACCAGCCUGUUCUGCUCCGACGGACAGCUGAGCCCGGAUCGGUUCACCUGUGGCCGGACCUGCUCGGGGAGCUUCCUGGCGGACAUUCCCUUCACCAACCCCUCAGGCGCUUGCAAGGAGGGCAAGGACGAGAUUUGGCACAACCAGAAGUGCACCGCUUUCUGCGCCGCUGGCUACGAAGCCUCCGUCGAAAGCCUGGAGUGCUACGACGGCGGGCUGGCUCCGCCGACCUUUGAAUGCAGGCUGCUGGUCCAGGGCUGCGCGGCGCCGCAGGUGGAAAGGGCCGCGGCGGCCCCGUGCGCGGAGGGGGACUUUAUCCUGGAGGACCAAGCCUGCACAGCCCAGUGCCAGGAGGGCUUUGUCCCUUCAUCAGAGCGGCUGCUGUGCCAUCAGGAGGCGCUGGUGCCAAGCACUUUCGAGUGCCUGCCAGGCUGCUCGCUGACGGAUCUGCCAAGAGGCGGCAGCUGCCUGGAGGGCACGCAGGACGUGGCCCAUGGAACCGCCUGCACGACGCAGUGCGGGUCCGGGUACGGGCCCAACGUGGCUCAGCUGCUGUGCCAGCGAGGCAUCCUGUCGCCGCCCACCUUUCUUUGCGAGCUCUUCUGCCCUGCGGUGCUAGGCUCCGGCGGCUUCUGCGCCGAAGGUGCGUUUAUCGCGUCGAAGGGCGUGUGCACCGCCAGCUGUGGCGAGGGAUACCUGCCGAGCGUGGCGCAGCUGAGCUGCCUGGAUGGCGCCUUUUCGCCCGGCGGCUUCCAGUGCGAGAGGGUGCGCCCCUGCUUUCUGUCCAGCGCCUCCUUCGCAGAGUCGCCUCCUUGCCUGGAAGGCUAUACUCUGCAGCACAACUCAAGCUGCACCGCCAGCUGUUUGCCUGGCUACGUGCCCAACUUCGCCUCGCUCUACUGCUGGGACGGCGCUUUGACACCCCUGAGCUUUGCCUGCUUGAAGAUGUGCGAGUCCCCUGUGGACGGCUGCGAGGAGGGCGCCCAGAUCCUGCCAGGGGCGCAGUGCACCACUCGGUGUGCUGGGCUCAGCCCCUCCGUCGACAGCCUCAGCUGCGCUGCGAGCGGCAGCGGCGUGCUGAGCCCCGGCAGCUUCACCUGCGGCCGCGAUUGCCCGCUGCCGCUGAUUCCGGGUGCGUUGGCUGCGGUCUGCGCAGGGAAUGCAUUGAGGCAUAGCCGGCACUGUGAGAUCCAAUGUCCGGCUGGCACCACCAGUGAGGGCCAGGUCUUCUGCUUUGACGGUCACCUGCAGUACUCUGGCGCCGUUUCUUGCCGACAGGACUGCCGCAGUCCCCACAAUGUGCUCGGUGCGCUCUCCCCGUCGUGCGGCGAAGGCGUGACUUUCCACGGCCUGGGCUGCCAGCCGCGCUGCGGCUCCGCGUUCCGCGCGGUGCCGCAGCAGCUGCGGUGCCGGGACGGCCUGCUGGUGGACUCAGGAUACUUCGAGCCCUUUGUGAGCACCACAAUCACCAGCACAACCCAAACUACGAGUUCAAUCACCUUUACGUCCAGUACGUCCUCCACCGCGACCUUCACCUCCCACACUUCGACCACUAGCACAGCCACACAGAUCACAACCUUUUCAACCUCCAGCACAUCGCGCAGCUUCAGCACAUCAAGCACCUCUACCCUGUCCACGCGAACCGCCAGCACAACAAGUACAAGCCAGUACAUAAACCUCACGGACCAGGCAGAAAACUUCAACUUCACAACCACUACAACCACCACAUCCAGAACGGUCGUCACCAGCACGACUACCAGUACAGGCACUUUCACUGCCCAGCCCACCUUGUCGACAACUUCCACAAGCACGUCGACAACGCGAGUUUCCUCCACGACUGCCUCGUCAACAACGACUGUUUCCUCGACGAGUACUACAAUGACAUCGACACAAAUGCUGGAUGCUCUCAACGGCACAGAGCCGGAGAACGAGACCAACGACACUAACACCACCUCCAGCACCAUCACUACUACCAUCACCAACACAACUCAGACAACGACCACAACUGCUACUGUGACUUCCACAACGGCUACCUUUACGGAACCACCCUCUACGAGCUUUACCUGUGCCCGAGUUCCGCGGGUCUCUCUGAAAGUUGCAGGAGACUUCUACACAACAGGUGUGCCGACAGGUGCGCGCAGCGUGGCUGUGCACUACAACGGUGUCGACGGACUGGUGGUCGCUUUUACUUCCGCAGGAGCGCUGUUGGUGACGGUUGGCAUUCGCCAGUCAGGGUCAUGGUACUGGGGCCCUGCGAGCCGGCUGCAGGAGAUCAACGCCGCUCAGGACUUCCUCGUAUCUCUGGUGCGACUGGGCGAGCGCAGUGUGGCACUGGCGUUCCGCGACGCGAACCGCAGGCCCACUCUGCACACGCUGCUGCUUGGCCCUGGGCGAGCAGUUUCUGCCUGCGCACAAGUCCUCCCAGAGGGGCCCAUCUCCGAGCUCCAGCUGCUGCAGUCUGCCCAGGGCUUCUGGCUGCUAUACGCGACAGACCAAGGUGUUUGGGUGCGCUUUGCCUGGGGCACCGGGCCCUGGAACCUGAAUCUGCAGGUGGAACCGGGCUCGCUGCUGGCGACCGCGAGUCGAGUGGCAGGAGUUGAUGUACCCAUGGAGACAGGCACCUAUGCGGUGCUCGCCUUCCACUUGGCCGCAUCCACCUCUGGCUUCAGCUGCACUGUGCAGCGGGUGCGGGGCCAGGCGCCGGUCUUGGGACGAAGCAACCUGCUCAACGGAGGCCCCAUGCAGCACCUCAGUCUGGCCAGCCUCUCGAACGGCCGCGCGGGCGUGAGCUUCGUGGAUGCGCGCUCUGCCGGCAGCAGCGUGUUCCGCCUGGGCCGCAUCGGUGGCUGGGACGAGUCCAACGUGUCGGAGAUGGAUUGGCAAGAGCUGGACUGGGGUGAACUCCUGGGCUUCGACUUCGGCCCGGGGAGCCUCAGCGCUUUGGGUUCCGACCUCUUGCUGGCAUCUGCCACCCAAGCGCAGCUGCUGCACCUCUGGGGCAGGCAUUUGGCGAAAGGCGAACAGCUCCCGCUGCUUGGGAGUUUCUCCUUUGCGCCGAUCAUUGCACUGCUCGAGGACAAGAGCGAGGUGUCUCUGCUUUUGCCAACGGCCGGAGCACCUGGCUCGGUGAGCCAACUGCAGCUUCGCUGGCCGUGCCUGCUGCCCCCGGACACCACCGGCUACCGCACCAGCGGCUGCGACGCUCUCUUCGAGCCCAUCCUGGAGGAGGAGUGCGUCAUCAGCUGCGAUGCGGGCUUCGUCGUGGAAGGUCUCGGGCCCAGCGCGGUGUGUCCGCCGAGCGCGGCGGCGCCCUUCUUUCGCUUCGAGGGCUGCAAACCGAAGCCCUGCGCAGCGCCAAGCGUGCACAACGGGGGCGCGCCUAGCUGCCUGGGUUCUCCGGCGGUGCCUCACGGGGAGAAGUGCAGAAGCACCUGCCAGCCAGGCUACCGGCCAUCAGUGCCUGAGCUGAGCUGCCAGGUGGGCCAGUUCCAGCCCAGCAGCUUCGUUUGCCUCGCGGAGUGCUGUGACGAUGGUUCCAAUGCCACCAGCUGCGUGGCGUCGGAGCCGAGGGCCUUGCCCUGCGCCGCGCCGCUGAGCGUGGGCUUGGCGGAGGAGCCCAGUUGCCGCGAAGGCUACCAGAUCCCCAUGGGCGGCGCUUGUAGCGCCCGGUGUCAAUCAGGCUAUCAGCCCACUGUUGCCAAGCUCAUGUGCGAUGUCAACGGUUCAGGCCAACUGGUUCCCGGCAGCUUCCAGUGCUACCGGGAGCGGAGCAACAGCACAGUUGAGUUGUCUUCCGAUCCCGUCCUGGUGAACGCCUCGGUGGGUUUGGACAUCUUCCCGGAAAGGCUGAACACUCCGCCAGCAGUGCUCCUGGAGCUGCCGACUGCCCGGGCCUUCCUGGCGCAGCUGCCACCGGCCCAGGUGCAGCCGGGCUUGCGCCAGGCCGCGGCGGCGGCGUGCCGCGCCUCGGUGUCCCAGGUGGCAGUCUUUGUGCAGGGCGCCAACGCCUCUUCGGGACGACGUCUAGCAGAGGACUUCGGAAAUCUCACGAUUCUCGGCCUCUUCAGAGGAGAAGGCAAUGCCAGCGAGGCAGUGCUUCAAAUCGAGGAGCUCACUGCUGGGGGCAGUGCGGCAUUACUCUUCGAGGCAGAGCUCCGGGCCUCCUGGGCGCCCUUGCUCGUGGACUUCCCGGCGCUGCAAAGCGCGGCGCGCCAGGCGGAUGAGGGUGGCUGGUUUUCGGCAGUCCAUCCCGGGCCGCCCAUACGCAUGGAACUGGUGAGCGCAGCAGAUGCCGGUCGCCUGCCGGAGGAGCUGAGAGGUUUCUUUGAGGGCAUCGAAGGGGAGAAGCAGCCAGAAGAAUCCGGGAGUACAGGUUUCCCUUACAGCGACGGCUUCCUGGACUCUGUGCCCUUUCUCCAAGAGCUCCGGAUGCAGCUCGCGCCCAGGCUACGCAGCGGGCUGGCGGUGGACAUUUUCAUCUCCGGCCUCGGUUUGUGCAGCUUCCUCCUGGCAACGGUGAUUCUGGCCUUUGUGCACUACCGCUGCUGUGUGCGAAGCAGUCCAGCGUUGUCGCAAGGCGGCUGGGAUGAGACCACCUACCGCGCUGUGUAUGUCAUCCCGGAGAGCCAUCGCUACACUUGGAACAUGGGCAGUCCCGGCCCCAGCGACAUCAGCACCGUGUGCUGCAUUUGUUUCUGCCCGUGCCUGCGUGUGCCAUUGACCUGGCAUCGUGGGGGCGUGCUCAACUACUGGCUAGGAUUCUUCGCGUGUUUGCUGGGCCCCGUGUGCUGGUCCUGCCUUGGCUGCACCAUGCGAGCGCGCCUUACCGCAGUGUUCGGCAUUCCCAGUACCAUCGCCUCUCACAUCUACAACUGGUGUUGCUGCUGUUGCUGUGCUGCUGUGCAGGAGUCGCUUCACGUGGACGGAGCCCUUCGCGCCAUCCACCAGGCUUCCAAAGAGGCCCAGGCAGCCAAGGCAGAGGUUCAGAGCCAACUGCGGGAGGCAGCCAGCCGUGCGCCGCCGCAAGAGACGAUGAAAGAGGCCCGCGAGAAGCCGCGGCAAAAGCUGCAGCAAGCAGCCCGCCGCGUCAGCCUUGUGAUGCUUACACGGCCGAAUCCCAGAAGUGCUAUCUCGCCGCUUCCGAAGGAACCUUCCGCGCCUGAGAGGCAGACAUCGCAGGCGAGCGCGAGUGGCGCCAGCGGCGCCAGCGGCGCCAGCGGCGCCAGCGGCGCCAGCGGCGCCAGCGGCGCCAGCGGCGCCAGCUCCAGAUCGAGCUCCAGAUCGAGCAGCUCGAGCAGUUCCUCGAGCGGAACUGAGGCGACAGGCAGCGAGGCCGAGCCCAACCGGGCCUGA